UGCGGAUUUGCCCUACGCCCAGGCGGCGUUCGGGGCGUUCUUGGCGGCAGCAGGCCCUGCCUUGGGCCCAAAAGCCACGACGGCGCUGGUUGCGGCGGCGGCGCGCGGGGCAGCCCAAGGGGCGGCCGCGGGCAGCAGGCCGUGUGCUGGCGCAGGUGGCGACGACCAGGACCCCGUCGGCGACAUGGACGUCGUGCUGGCGAAGGUCAAGGCCGUGUCGGGGCACGCAGGCGAGCUGAACGUCACGGACGCGAAGCGGUGGCUGCGGGCCCACGGGGAGCGGGGCAGCAAUGCCGCCGCUCGGCUGGGCAAGCUCAGCAAGCUCCGCAACACCCAGUCGCACCCGCUCGCGCUGCAGCUGAUCGUGGAGGUCGGGCAGUUGGCGGCGGCUGUCGGCAAGGAGGAGCUGAAGAAGAUGGACGGGUCGGGGUGCCACAAGGGCGCCGAGAAAGUCAAGGGCGGCGCCGGCGGGGAGGGGUGGGGACCGCAGCCAGAGGAAGCAGACCUGUCGGAGACGGUGGACGACUUCACGGAUAUGGCGAGCGUGUCGGAGGCGACAGCGUCGGGCCCUGAGGAGAAGUUCUCGGCGAAGCCAGCGAAGCUGAACAGGGAGCUGAUCCAGGUGGACAUCAAGCUCGCCCCAGACGUCGAGGCCAAGCGAGUGCUGAAGGUAAGGGACUCGGACGACAUGUCGGAGACAGUAAGCUCGUCGGAGCAGGAGGUGGCGGGCCCAGAGGAGAAGUUCUCGAUGAAGCCAGUGGCCAAGCAGUACGGGGAGCUGAUCCAGAAGGACAUCAGGGACGCCCCAGCCUGCGACUACCUCGAUUGGAAGUACCAGCUCAAGUCGGCGAAGAUCGACGAGUUGGUCAAGGUGUGCCUCUCGCACGAGGAGUUUGAGGAGAAGCUCCAGGCAUGGGAGGACAACCUGUGA